AAAGUGGAGCCGGAGCUGGUAGUUGUCAGAGCUGGUGUGGCGCGGGCGCACGUGGGGCCGCGGCGGGCGGUCGUGGGACGCUGAGGGCAGCACCGGCGAGGAGGGUCAUCCCCAGCUAGCGGCGCGGACCUCCGCCACCCCGCUCCGGCCGGCGGGCGGUGAUGGACACUCCCCCGCUCUCGGGCUCCGGCUCGGACUCUGAGGACUCCGUGGUCACGGACCGAGAGUUGCAGGAUGCAUUUUCCCGCGGACUUCUGAAGCCAGGCCUCAAUGUCGUGCUAGAGGGGCCGAAGAAGGCCGUGAACAACGUGAAUGGACUGAAGCAGUGUUUGGAUGAAUUCAAGCGGGAUCUAGAUUGGGUUGAAAGGCUGGAUGUGACCCUCGGACCGGUGCCCGAAAUCAGUGAACCUCAGCCAACUCCUCAGCAGAAUAAGGACCAGAAGAAAGCUGUGAACCCAGAAGACGACUUCCAAAGAGAAAUGAGUUUCUACCGCCAGGCCCAGGCUGCUGUACUGGCAGUAUUACCACGGCUCCAUCAGCUCCACAUCCCUACCAAGCGUCCCACCGAUUAUUUUGCAGAAAUGGCCAAGACUGAUCAGCACAUGCAAAAGAUUCGACAGAAGCUACAAGCUAAACAGGCUGCCAUGGAGAAGUCUGAAAAAGCUAAGCAACUGAGAGCACUUAGGAAAUAUGGAAAGAAGGUGCAAACACAGGUUCUUCAGAAGAGGCAGCAGGAGAAAUCACAUAUGAUGAAUGCCAUCAAGAAGUACCAAAAAGGCUUCUCUGAUAAACUGGAUUUCCUUGAGGGAGAUGAGAAACCUGUUGCACAGGCCACGAAGGCCACAAAGGCCACAAAGGCAGGAGCUAAAGGCCAGAACAUGAAGAAGGGGCCCAGUGCUAAACGACGGUAUAAAAACCAAAAGUUUGGUUUUGGUGGAAAGAAGAAAGGUACCAAAUGGAAUACUCGAGAAAGCUACGAUGAUGUAUCCAGCUUCCGGGCCAAGGUAGCUCAUGGCAAGGGCCUCAAAAGGCCUGGGAAGAAAGGAGCGAAUAAGAGACCUGGAAAACGAACAAGAGAGAAAAUGAAGAGCAGAACCCGCUAAAUAACAUCUUUUUAUAUGAAAAAUGAAGAAAAAGGGACAAUAUGCAAUUUUCAGUAUACUUAGAUCCUUUUUCUUAGUUUCUUUUUGUACAAAAUUCUUUUAAUAAAUUAAACAGUUUGAAAGAAACA